AACGCGCGACCCGUCGUGCUUUCAUAUUUCACUCUAUCAAUCGGUCGAUCACACGCUUACUCUCUUUCUCUUCCCUCGAUAUAUGCGGCAUCACACACUGACAGCUCAUCUUGUUUUACCUCAGUUCACUUUAUGUGUGCGCGUAGACACAUCAAAUUACACUUAUUACCAUGUACGUUCGAGCACCUUUGUAAUCGUACUUUUUUCCAUUCGCCCUCGCAUUCGUUCAACUCUUUAUUUUUAUUUUCCCGCUGAAAAUUGGAAGAUCGCGAGCACGCGUCACCGACAGUGAACUCGGUCAACGGUGAAAACAUCUCAUGAAGAAAUAACGCAACUCCGACGGACGCAUCGCGACGCAACAAAGGCACUUGUGCGAAUCCACGCUGCCGGAAGCACAUUAACUCGUGUUUCGCGUGCUCUCAGCUUUGAACUAUACCAAUGCGCGAUUCUCGACAGCUACCGGCGUCUCGCUAAAAUCAUACGUGAAUAGAUGCCAAGAUCGUCGGAUAAGUUUGAGGCAAAUGAUAAAAUCAAUCGUAGCUUCGUUCGAGUGCAGAUAAACUUGAUGAACUGUAUCGUCGACCAAUUUGACGUGAAUUGCUCUUUCGUUCGUCUCGAUUUAUCGCCCCACUGUUUCAGUUAUUGACAUCGAAUAAUGCCCUCGUAAAUCUUCGUUCGUCCGAGCUUCAAAUCACAUAAUAGCAAUCGUUAUCGCGAAAAAACUGUGAACACUUCGCGACGUCGAUUAUUUUAUUUAGCCACAAACUUGGUUAAAGUUUUAUUCCAUUUUAAUUUAACUACGAAAACCAUGCUGAAAUCCACGUGAUAAAAACGAGUGGCGGAGUAACCGCGAUCAACGAGUAAAAACGAGUGAGCUGCUGAUCUUCCUUGGCGGGAUCAACGAGCGAGGAGGUCACGUUUUUGUCGUUCAGUUUUUCUCUCCGUGGGCACGAGUCACGUCGAAAAUAAAGAGGAACAUUUUCUCCGAAUUCAUCUGGUAUAGAAUACGAAGGGUUUUUACGAGCGCGAUACAAGACAGAAGAGGGUAUAAUGUCAAACGGAAGAAUGGAGGAUUGAAUCCUCGAGAGAAGAACGUCUCGGCAGCGAGAGGGGCACUUCACGUGCUUAUCUCCAAAACAGUUAUUCCUGAAACGGUGAUCGAAGUCGUUCCACAAUAUCAAUUCGUGGAUGAGCUAUGAGAGUACAGAACGACGAUUCGCAACGAAGAUGCUCCAGAUAGGAUCACCGCACGAGAUUUUUGAUACGAGGAGCGUUUGGAAAAACGAUGACGCCGUUCCGCCAUGAGAUCGGAGAUGAAAGGGUUUGAAUCGAACUGGUGAUGGGCGGUGAGCGAUUAUGGUGGAUAUGGGGAAUGGCCGGAAGAGGAACGGUGCCGAAUACGAGUCUUCUCGUGGACUCGGAUGGGGAUGGCGUCGUAGGCGUCGGCGACGGUCCUUGGAAUAUGACAGAGCAAGAGUCGUUCAAUGGAACGUCCGGUAAUAGCACCAGUGGAAACUUCAGCUCGUGGCCAUCGGACGACAAUUUUUUUGCGGCUAAUCACGAUCUCAUUGUCGCCAUCGUCACUGCGAGUAUUCUCAGUCUUGUGAUACUCUUUACAAUCGUAGGCAAUGUAUUCGUCAUAGCGGCUAUAUUACUAGAAAGAAACCUGCAGAGCGUCGCGAAUUAUCUCAUCCUCUCAUUGGCCGUUGCGGAUUUACUGGUUGCCCUACUGGUAAUGCCUCUUGGAGCCGUGUACGAGGUGUCCCAUGAGUGGGCUCUCGGUCCGAAACUCUGCGACAUGUGGACGAGCAGUGACGUACUCUGCUGCACAGCCUCGAUAUUACAUCUGGUUGCUAUCGCUCUGGACAGGUAUUGGGCAGUCACCAACGUCGACUACAUUCACCAGAGAACGGCUCGUAGGAUAGGCGUGAUGAUCUUCAUCGUUUGGAUGCUCGCAGUUUUCAUCUGCAUCGCGCCUCUUUUAGGCUGGAAAGACGUUGACUGGGAGAACAGAGUGGUGCACGAAAAAGUCUGUCUCGUGAGUCAAGACAUCAGCUAUCAGAUAUUCGCCACAGUGAUGUCAUUUUAUCUUCCGCUGCUAGUGAUCCUCAUUCUUUACUGGAGGAUCUUCCAAACUGCCCGUAAACGCAUCCGGAGAAGAGGCGGACAACAAAUCAAUGCGCAAGGCACUACAAAGACAAUGGGCGGUCCUCCAAGACCAAUAGGAAGCAGUCAUGCAGUCGGAGGAGCUUUAGCUCAAGCUCAAGUUUCCGGUGGGAUAGCAGCUGCUGUGGUGGCUGUUAUAGGGCGACCUCUUCCCACGAUAUCCGAAACAACGACACAAUUCACGACGGUGAGUUCGCCAAACACCUCGCCAGAGAAAACGUCCUAUCACAAUGGUUUAGAUCCCGACCCGCCGACCCUGGAGGCAUCGCCGAAGCCCGUUGCAUCGAGAAGAAAAAAAAUCCCGGCCGAAUCGAAGAAAGAAAGAAAAGCGGCUAAAACGUUGGCCAUUAUCACAGGAGCGUUCGUCCUCUGUUGGGCGCCAUUUUUCGUCAUUGCCAUCCUGCUGCCGGUGUGUGAACGUUACGCCUCGUGCUCCGUCAACGAGUACGUCAUAGCGUUCUUCCAGUGGCUCGGGUACUUCAAUUCGACCCUAAAUCCGGCAAUCUACACCGUAUUUUCGCCGGAGUUCCGGAACGCCUUCAAGAAAUUACUGUGCAGGAGACGAAGGACAGUUGCACGAAGGAUGGCAGGUCGUCAUUACAUGUAGGAAUGGGUUUAAGGGUGAAGAGGUUUUCAUCUCACUUCCAGCAGCAGAAGCGUCACACCACAACCGCUGUAGAGCUCGAUCAGCAUUGCGGUACAACUUCAACCAUAAAAAAUAAUAUGUACGUGUAUGUAUAUGAAGAAAAAGUGAGUCGAAAUGGCCGGAGGGAAAGAGAUUUUCUGGGUGCGCUGAAAUGUUUUUUUCUCCCGUCACGAAAUACGCCACGUUUUUUUAAUCAAUUCGAAAUGUUUUCUCGGGUGAAUAUCGUGCCCCGCACCUGGCCCUCGUACCGGUUUUUUUUCAUAAAUAUACACUCACAUAUUCUUGUACAUGCUACCGCUCAAACCCGAAGAACGUAACAACCCAAUUUCACCGGUGAAAACAAGUUUUAACAAAUUACCAUUCCAAAAUGAAGGUUCUACGGCCGGGACUCAAGUCCGCAAAGUCAAUUAGUUCAAUUUUUCAUCAACCGAACAGUUUCCGCUUGAAACUUAUUCUCGCUCGGUGCAAACAAUAUUGCAGCAUACCAGUCCCGUUAUUAAGCCCUCCCCCACCUCGAGGGAACGUGCACAUAUGAAAAUGAAACUAUCGAACGAAAAACUGGUAACUUGCUGAGAAAAUGAUUUAAUAAAGAACUUUUUGUGGGCUUGGAUAUAAAAAAAAUAGUCUCUUUUCUCAAAUGGGUCGCGACGGGAACUCUGCGAGAGAACUCAUUCGAGUGCGUUCUCUAUAGCUAAAGACUAUUCGUUGUCUGGUAAAAAGCAUGGAAUGUCACACCGUUAAAUCGAUUCGUCAAUUCAAGUGAUUUUUCUUUAAAUUCACAAAAAAAAUGUGGAAAAUCAAGUUGAAAAGAAACUUGCGCGUGAGCGACAACGGGUUUCAACGUUGCUCGGGCUUCGGUAGCACAAAUACACGUACAACGAAAUGUGCUAAAAUCACGUGUCUCUCGUCGCAACCAAAUGUCCUUCGACAUCUGGUGGAACGAUGAAUCUCUCGGUAUCACGAUCCGAUAUAUUUUCAACCUUAUCUAUCACGUACUCGUUUCCGGUUCUCGUUUUCUCAGCCAACUACCGAGAUUCAGUCUCGCGAAAUAUAUCCUCAAUUUCUAUUCCGAUAUUCCCAUCUGUCGUCGUAGAAAUGGAAUGAAAAAGACACACGAUCGGGAGGUAUAUACGUAUAGAGAAAAUUUCGUCACAAAUUUAUAAAGUCAAGCCCCGUGGAUUUAUGAAAUCGAAAAAUUCAAGAUUUUCGACUGCACCACCGCCAUUUCCUGUGCGUUAGAUCGAUCUUCAAUAUUUCGUGCUCGUGUGAUUUUCAAGAGAUUUCAUAUCCCAUGACCCGCUUCGAUAUAUCCCGCUGUAUUUUAUUAGCACUGACGUACCGCGACGAAAUAUGGACCGUUCGAGUUUGAUAAAGUGUCUUGCACAGCCAAAAAGUGGAGAUGCGCGAAUGUCGUUAAACUUCCUCGUUAUUCUUGCGGUGUACGAUAUAUCGAGAAACUCGAGUGCACGGACAAGUUUUUCGGUGAUGAUUCGUUGGGAGGAUUCGACACGAGGAUCACGAGAUUUUAAUACAAUUCUGUAAACGUAUACGAAAGUUAGGUAUGAAACGCUGCUGUUAAAACGUCACGUCAAAAGGCCCUUUUCACCCUUCCAACGAGCGUUUCGCGAUGCUGUUACCAAAGUCAUUUUAAUUUAACUCGAGCCACACUUCAUACGGCAUAAAGCAAACGUAAAUGAUUCGGUCGGGGUUCGGUAUCCCGGCGAUUUGCCAAAUUACUUCGACCUCGUCCGACAAUUAUCGGAGUUAGAAGUAUGCAAGAGUAAUAUAUUCCGGAGCACGACGCUGUUACGUCGGGGAGAGAAACCUCGUGCCGGACACGAGAAUGAUCGAUGUUUUACGGCGAAACUUUCGGGGACGAAGCACAUUUAUCGAUAAUAAUAUUGCUAAUGAAAGAAUCUCACGAAUGCAUCCGCUGACGACGAUGAAUUAUUUCGAAGCUCGUACUAACUCUCCUUCGUAGUAUCGCUCUCCAGCAUUCGCUUUGAUAUCUAAACCGAUUAAUAAAUAUCUCAUUACGUUGAUUUGGACUAAUGAAUUUUGCGACGUUAUUUCAUCCAAAUAAUCAUGCAAGUUUUGCAAGUGCAAUCAAGGAGAGAAAUAAAUUGGGUAUUCGCUAUCAUUCGACCGGUUCGAACGUUCCCGUAUAGUCACGUUUUUCACAUAACUACAUCGCUCGUUAUCGGAGCUCUGACUAAUUGCAGCGAUCACUGCAAUGCCCAAGUGGAACGAGCGAUGUUUGUCGCAGAACUGAAUUUAAAAAAUUAAAGUUAUCAAAUAAUCUGUAAUCCUGAGGAUCGCUCCGUCUCUCGAUUCCCUCGUUGAUAUUUUUAUUGAAAUUCUUCGGAAUUCGUGAUUUUCCAAAAUGACUAAACAGGUUCGAAUCUAUGGUGGAGAGUCCUCAACGACGAGCACGAAAAUCGCAUAAAAGUAACAAAAUAUCAGGACGAAGUUUGUUUCUCAAUCUCCCUUCAUGCGUUUCCAUUCGAUCCGGACACUUCGUCAAAGGAAUUCCGCGCUCAUUUUUUCGUCAAGUAAAUCCCCGUGACUCGCCUUCGUUACGAUUGUGGAAAAGUGGACCAAACCGAGUUUAUUUUCAUGCUUAACCAAUCACCUUUCUCAUGUCGUUGAACGCCUGAAAAAUUAAUCGUCCUAGCAAGCGAGGAAAAGGAACGAGAAUAAUAUCGAAAUGACAACGUGAAUGAGCUACGAUUGAUAUAUCCUCAGGAUUAAAAGAGAGAACACACGACUGAAGUAAACAACUCCAAAAAAGUAAAACGUGUAGACGAGUUCUUGUAAAUAAUAUUAAGUCGGAUCUAUCACGUAGGAGAGACGUUAUAAUAAUUUUUCUAAUCUUCUAUUAACAUUAACUUUCGCUAACGAAUCUUGUACAUAUGUCUGUAUAAUUGCACCGAUGAAUAUUAAGAGGAAAUGAUAAUAUGAAAAUAGGCAUCUGCGUCUUUGCGAUACAAAGACUGUUACGAUCGAACUGAGACAAUUUACAAUGCUUUUACUCUCAAGCCCGGUCGUUCAACGAAACGAAGUUAUUUUCUACUUCUCCGCUGGCGAAGAAUGUGCUCACGCAAGAGAAUGAGAAAUUUCCGGUUUUUGGUCAGAAUUUUAUUCGGUAAAUCAUGAAAAAACGGUUGAUCCGGAAAAGCGAUGGGAAAUCGAUGGAGUUUAACAUGGAAAUUUUGCGUUUUGUAACCAAACAUUGUUCCGUGACAUCGAUUUGUCGAAGACGAAAACUUUCAAUUUUCCAAAGUGUGCGUGCGUGUCAAAUGGGAAAGUCACUGCCUUUUCAUUCGUCAGUAUUGAACCGUGGAGCGCGAGCUUACAUAUUCGAGUGCGAGAUGUAACGUGGGAUUUCGAAUCGAAGCCCCUUCCCGAGUGUCGAAUUACACGUUCGAUGCUCUUGACACUUUUCAUACGUCAAAUUUCGCGUGCAUUUCGAGCGCGUCUAUUUGCAAUAUUUCGAAUGAGGACCGAACAAUUUUACGAGUUUAUGCGUUCAAUAUUUGAAGGGUUUCGGUGAUGGAAGCGCGAAAUAUAAUAUUAAUCGCUUUAUUUUCGUAUUCACUUUUUCGUCGAUGUUUUUUCAUGUGAGCUCAGAAACGCUGAUCGAUAUAAAAUUGAACUGGAUCGAAAUGUUCUCGAGCUCCGGAAAUCGGAAAAAAUCUGAAUAAAAAUAAACUCAACGAGCACAGAUUUUGAGUUGUAAUCAUUCGAAAAUUUUAUCAACUAUUCAGCCUAAAAUAUCUUCGACGAAUUAUAAAACGAUUUUUCAUUUUUAUCGGAUUGCUUGAAAUUAACGAAAAACUGUGAAAUUCAUAAUGAAAAAUGGCGUGUCCUGAGAGUGAUUCGUCGAAAUAUUUUUGACGAAGUUAUCUCAAGUAGAUAAACGAUGACGACAUCGAGGUCGAGUGAAUUUUUAUCGAAUCGAAGGGAAAUAAACAAAGAAGCAAAGGUCGUGAUUCGGGGGGUGAUAAUAUUGAGAAAUGGAGCGGAAGAGCACAAGCGAGUGUGCCCUCCGCCAACUCGAUUUACAGAUUUUUCUUUUGUUUUUCGGAUGAAAAAGAAUAAAUGAAAUAUUUCCAAGCUGCUGCUCUGCUGUUUACAUGUCCGAGAAAACGAAUAAAGCAAGCUAUUGACGCGUGAAGAAAAAUGGUUACCUCUCUGGCGAUCGGUUGCUUCGGGUCUGAGGCUUCAAAAGUCUGAGAGAGAAACCGGCAGAAAUGGGGCAGCCUGUAAAUCUGCCAGAGCGAAAGAACCUCGUGCGUAUACAAACGGAGUUGAAAAUUUCCACGGAAAAAUCGAAUCUGCUUUCCAAUCGAUUGAAAUUCGACGAUGGUCACCGGGCUUGAGAGUGGACGCGAAAGUUGUCGGUAUUAAGCUAAUUUAUAUUGGAUUAAAGAUCGAGAAAAUAAAACAAAAAGCAGCUCGUUGACGCACAGAUAGGUGAGCAGAUGAUCCAUUCAUUUGGAUCAAUGUUGCCCUUAAAUAAAGUUUCAAGCAUUAUUUACCCAGAAACCCCAUCUCGAUAAAAAGUGCUAAAGGCGUAGUGAAAAAGCUCCGGAGCUUUAGUACUUCUGAUUUUCAGUGAGCUCGAAGCCGCUGUAAGCACUUCAAAUUCUAAAGGAAAGUCCCCACGAGCGGUGAUUCGGAGGCUCGUAAUAAUGUAAAUAGACAAAAUCUUUGACGAAACGAAUAUCGAAAAACUUAUAUUUUGAGGAUAAACUGCUCGUGUGAGCGUUGCUACAAAUGUACAUCUUUUUCGGACGUUUACCGCUCUCCGAAGCUCCGCUCUGAGGGGCUGGCAAAGAGCACACUCGAGUCGAGCAAGACUGGAUUAUAUCUGUAUAAAUAUGCGUACAAGGAGACUGAUCCGAUUCUCCGUCGCUAUAACUCACGUAGAAACAUUGAGUCAACAAUCCUUUUAAGGUUGUUGUGUGGUCUAGCCCUAUGCUUACAUGCACGGAACCGAUGAAAUAUUAGCAACCGUUUGUCGUCAAAUUAUCGUCGUAUUUGAUGUAAUUUUUCGAGAAAAAAAUCCACGUCAGUUCAAAAGAAUAUGCAUUUUUGACAAAUGAGUUUAUGGCAUUAUUUUCGGUAGAUAAUUUAUUAGAGAUUAAUUAUUGCAAGACGAAUGAUAAUAUGCUUGGGUUGGUGGCAGUCUCGCACCAAGUAUUUGUUUCUCAACCGCAUGAAUACAUUUCCGAAGCCUUGUAUUUUGGAAAAAUUCGCGAUUAUAAUUCAAGGUAUGAAAAAUGUUGGAAACAUUCCCAUAAACGUAAUGUGAGCACGCAAAAUGCUCCAACUUUUCGAUUCUUUUCGAUUUUGAGAUUUGACAGGUCGAUUAGCAAAAGGUUCGCAAGGUGAAAGUUCGCAAAAAUCUUCAUCUCGAUGACAUCGUUUCGUCCUGACCCCGCAACGACCUUAAAUCAUUCCGGAGGAGCGAACAAAAUAAAGAGAAAAAUAACGAUAAUUAAUAAGCAUGAAAAUCAAUAGGAAUUGAAUGUUUAAUCAACCAAUUGUGAAGGAUUAACGAUAAUUAGAAAUUGGAAAAAUCAUUUGUGCCGCUGAAUCAUGAAGCGAUGUGCGCUCGCUGAUGGGCUCGGAUCUCCGCCCUGUAAAAUCUCUCCAGCGUUGUGCAGCCGCGGAGUACAAACGAAAGUCUCACGCGCCCCUUGAAAUUCGAGGGCUGCUCGGGAACGAAUCAAGCACGUUGGUGCGUCUCGGUUAACGAGAGUGUAAAUAUGUACAAUGAAACAUUUUCUAUUAGAAUAAUAACGAUGUUAGAGGAAAAAAUGUAUACGGAAUGGGAGCGAGUUUUAUCGCGGUAUUUGGAGAGUGCUUUUUGCCAGGAGAAAAAUGAAGUCAAUGUGAUUCGUGUGUAAGGCGUUUAAGAAUAGUCGAUGUUGAUUAUUUGCAUCGUUCUCGCUGGUAUUUCUCGUUAAACACCAUCGCGAUCGAUCAUUCUUAAUCGUUCACCUUACACCUCUAUAUAUGUUAUGAGUAUUACGAUAUCGAUUCUAUGAAAAGAUAAAUACAGGUUGAAACCGAUACACUUGUAUCGCGAAUACUAAUGAAAUGGAGAAGCUGCUUGUACAAAUUAAUUAAGAUCGAGGAACAAUCAAUGAAAUAUGCUCGAUAAUGAUCGAGAGAAUGCGAAUGUAGAAUAAUAUAUUCUAAUAUGUGUCUAAAAAGAAAAAUCGAAGAUAUAUAAUUAUUUGGCUGUUUAUAAUCUUUAUGUGUAAAGAACAAAUUUCCCUAAAUCUAAGGACCAAACGGUAGGAGCGUAGUUCAUUCUUACAUGAUCGUACGAUUAAAGGAGCAGCUACUAAAUAAAGGAAAUCAAUUAUAUUCGAGGGGUCAGUGAUAUUCCAAGAUUUUCACAGAUUGCGAGACAGAGAGAGAGACUCCUCGUGUCACGUUGCUGAUGAUGCAUGAAAUAUUACGGACGAAGGAGAAAAAAACGUGCGGGUGAAAAGUUGGUGGAAUAUCCGCGGAGACACGUGCUGCUGCGCAAACGUUGACGAAAAGCCCGCGCAAUGUGGUCAAAUUACGAUUAAUGCGUACGAAGCCUUUCCGACAAAAAAAAGAGUAUGCGACUGAGACGUAUCGAUAUGACUAACUUUCCCUCUGUGUUAUUUAACAAUAUUCGUGUAUUAUAACGAUUACGAGUUUCUCGGUUAUGUAGGAAACACGCAUUGAGUGAGAAUUGAAAAUGAUAAAAUGAGCUAAAUGAAUACGAGGGUGAGAGGCUCAUUGAAAAACGAAUUUUCGAUAAUAAAGUAUCAAUAAAUUUUCAAAUAUCGAUGGCAAUAAAUAACAACGUUAUUCUCAAAUCUUUAUUAUGUUUAUUCUGACUCUCGUGCGUCGUUACUUCCCAUAUUUACACUCUCAUCGGCCCUAUGGGAAUACAAGAAUACAAAUGUCCUCGCAUUCAUUCAAAUGCACGAUCAUAAAACUUUUCAGUCCCUCAGAAUGGCGAAUAAAGUAAAUCGAUUAUGAGGAAACGACGAUUUAAUUCCAAUUUGUCCGACGACUCGUAGAUGUUCUUCGUGACUAAACUCCAUUUUCGAGUCGCCUCCAAUAAAUGUGAGAUUUAAAGUUUUUUCAUAGUGACACACAAGAUUAUUGCUUGGACGAUGAGAUCGAAGAUAAAUAUUGGCAAAGUGAGUAAUUCUCAAUUCGAAGGAGCGCGAGAGAUCGAUAAAUUCUGCAGAUCGAGUAUAGCUCCCACGGGACGAGUGUGUUUUUGAAAAUUUUUAUCUGCCAAGAAGCCAAGACGGUUUCGGAGCUUCCCGAACUAGGGCGCCAGUCGAAAAGAGUCGUGAAAACACGAGGCAAGCGGAAACGAUCUCAAUCGGACAAUUAUUCUCGUGUAAGCUCAGGCGUGUAAUCAACGUGACGCACAAUCACUUUUAUCUCGAUUAUUGGGAACGAGUGUGCCGUCAAAGAACGACCGCGGAAAGUAAGAAGUUGCACUGCGAAUAAAAAACUAAAUCAAUCAAAAUAUGAAAAUUAAUUGGACUAAAGUCAGCUCAAUUGCCUUGAAAUUGUAUCGUUUAGUCGUCUUAUUGCGCUAGGAAAAUUCACUUGAGACUAAAAUUUGUUGAAACACACGUUCCUUUCGAAUGUAGAUAAAUAAAAUAUUAUUUUCGACCGCGUCAUUGAAUUUUUAGAGGCGUUUUUGAGCGCAGAGUUUAGCGCAGAGUUUGAGCGCAGAAUUUUCGUUCCCGUUCGCUAAAAAUAUUUAUACCGAUGUACUACGACAGUCUCCGAAGCUCUCGAUCGAACGAUCGUCGUUGCAACUGAUCCCAAUGAACGCAACGACCACGAUUCGUUGCGCGAGAGCUUCACCGCCGCUGCGAAUCAGUUGUUUUUCGUUCGAACAGCGCUUAUAUUUUUGAGUUAACGCGCUUCGAUGUACAUGCUGCAUUGUGAAAUAAAGACUCAUCUGGAUAAA